AUGCAGAAUAAAGUAAUAAAAAAUAUUGAGAAGUAUCCUUUGAAUUGGGAGAUGAGCAAGAAGAUCCUGACGCAUCCAUCUGAAAAAAUAAACCUUACAUCAGAUAAUGUGGAGUUUGAUCUUGUAAUGGCAAAGGGAGACCAUUUGGUGAAAAGCUCGCAUGAAAAGUACAUGGUGAUUGAUAUGUUAGGCACAGGGACAUUUGGACAAGUAGUUAGGUGCAUAAGUGAUGAUGGAGAAGAGGUUGCUAUAAAGGUUGUGAAGAAUCAGCCGAGGUAUUACAAUUAUGAAAUGAAUGAGGUUAGAAUUCUCCAUAAGCUAAUGUAUAACAAUCUGAAUGACAGGUUUGUUCUCAUUAAGGAUGUGUUUAUGUAUAAGCAACACUUAUGUAUUGUUGAGGAGCUUCUUGGGCAUAAUCUGUAUACAUUCCUGAAGAUGACGAAGUUCAAGGGCUUGGAUCACAGCACGCUUAGGUUUGUUCUUUUUCAGAUACUUGAUGGCAUUCUACAACUUUCAAGGAUGGGAAUUGUACAUUGCGACCUGAAACCAGAAAACAUCUUGAUAGUUGACUAUACAACGUUCAAGGUGAAGAUAAUAGAUUUUGGUUCAGCAACUGUAUCACCUCAAGAAUCGCAUUUCUAUGUGCAGUCAAGAUAUUACCGUGCACCUGAGGUAAUUCUUGGAAUUCCAUAUGGAUCUAGCUGUGAUAUAUGGUCUGUUGCGUGUAUAGCAUAUGAACUUUAUUCAGGUAGCCCAUUGUUUGCAGGAAAGGAUAAUAUGGAUCAGAUAGGGAUGAUCCACCGGUUUUUUGGAUCUUUACCUGUGUUCAUGCUGGAACAUGGAAAGAAUUCAAAUGCUUUUUUUGAGAAAGAGAACGGAUACAGGUUUGUAGGAAGUCCAAGCUCUAUUUUCACUAUAAAUGACAUGAAGCGGAUUAUUGAUUCAAAGAGCAUGGAAACCGAGGAAAACAAAAAUCUGAUGGAUUUUUUGUUGAAAGCAUUGCAGCCGAGCCAUCUUUUACGGCCUGAUGCUAAAUCAUUGAUGAGCCAUUCAUACAUUAAAUGCAAAAAGCCAGUGGCUGAAGAGAUUCCCAGGGUAGAAAACGAUAGAAGCGGAGUUCAGCAAAAGAUAUUCCCGCCAACCAAAAACCAAAGGCAUAUGUCCACGACUGGAGUGCUGCUUUCAAGAAUUAAGCAAAAGCCUGAUGAAAAUAGAAGGAAAAUAUCUGUCUGCAACAUUUCUUAUGAAAACAGCUUGAAUAGAAAUCCUUAA